ACUAUUUUAACGUUCUGAGGCUUGGGAUCGGUGGGUUUGAACUCCGAAUCACUUAGCCCGACCGUUGGCGGGCUGGCUCUUAUGUAAAAGGGGCGCUUUUGCUCCAGGACCAUUAGGGUUGCACGGAGCCCCCCAGUUCUAAAUCCGCGGUCCGAACGCUUUGACUCUGCAGUCCCUGAAUCACCCUGACGGGACUCUCCCUAGCUGGGACUGCCCAGAUAAUGCUCGCGUCCACCAGUCGUCAGGACAACCGCCUCUGAGCUGGAUCGUCCCCACCUUUCCAAAGUGGGACCGUUGGUCUAUUGGCUUCGAGCUGGGGCUGCUCGCCUUUCCCCCUCGCCGAUUGGAGAAGGCGGAGACUUCUCGUCCCGCCCCCUCGCGGUUGCUGGGGCAACCAUUCCCCCCAGCAACGCCCACAGCACCAAUUCAUAGAGGUCCAACAAGCCCUCCAUCUAUCGCCACUAUCCAUCAUCACCCUAUGACCUGCGUUGCUGUCAGCAGUAGCACCCACACUUGAGGCUCCCUCCUCUCUGUCCUGUGAGCGGGCACACCCCCGGCCAGGUGCUGCAGUCCCUCGGAUAUCGUCCCCUGACCUGCAUUGGGAGGUGAUAAAGCCCAACCGCCAGGACAGCCCACAGCCACCAAAGUGUUUGCUAUCCCAAGCAUCCUUGGGAUAACCAUCUUGAGCCCAGGAGAAGCAGAGCUUUCGUGAGCCCCCGAACGACUGAGGCUUUCCUCCCCUUGGGAGCGUUGAGAAGGCCCUCGUAGGACAGCUAGGGGAAGCGCUUGGAAGGACACCUGCCCUUGCGUCAGUUUGGGAGCAAGCUUGGGUGGGGGCAGGUGCCCGCAUCCCUGCAGCCCCGCAAUGCAUUGCAGGUCUUAUUUGUUGCUGGAAAAAGAAUUCAUGGAGCUCCAAGAACAAAACCUAUUUGGCAUAACUGUGACUCCACUGAGUAACAAUUUACUCAAAUGGCUAGCUGAAAUUGAAGGCCUGAAGGAUACGAUUUGGGAAGGAUUUACAUUCCCUCUGUUAAUGAAGUUUUCGGUGAACUACAACACUGUCCCUCCAGUUGUGGCAUUUAGUACUAUUCCCUUUCACCCCAAUGUUGACCCCCAGUCUGGCCGACCAUGUAUAGAUUUUCUAGAUGACCCUGAUCUUUGGAAUAGUAACUAUACCCUAAGUAGCAUCUUGCUUUCUAUUCAGGCUAUGCUUUCUAAUCCAAUACUAAACAAUCCAGUUAAUAUUGAAGCAGCGGAAGUGAUGCUAGAAGACAUAUCUUUGUUUAGACAUCUAGUCGUGAAGUCUCUCUACUACCGUGACAGUUUAGAUGAGGAGACUGUUCCUAAAGAGAAUGCUGUGGUCAGCUUCAAGUCAGUAGAAGAAGAAAUGCUGGGCCAGCCUGAAAAAAACAUUAAAGGAAUUUCCUUUGAUGAAUACUAUAAGACGUGGUCUGGAAUCGCGACAUCACAAACAGCCAACUGUUUCAAAAUUCCAGUGUCUCAUGAUCUCAUGGAAAACUACAAAAGAUGGAAGGGAAAGAACAUAAAGUCAGGUCGAGACUGGGAUGCAAAAUUUCAUUCUGUCAUGGCUAGAAUUGCUCGGGAAAAUAGGUUACCUACAAAAUUAGAUCGAAGCUUAAUGCAAUCCAUCAAGAAUGCACAGAUCUGCACACCAGAAACAGAUACAAAUGUUUUGAGUUCAGAGGGUAAAGAAGAAGUUGUCACAAAAAAGCAGAAAGGUAAAGAGAAGAAGAAAAAGAGAAAGAAAAGUCCCAGAGAAAGUGAUGAUAUGGAUGAGUCCUGGGAAAAAGAAGUGGAGAACCUGGUAGCCUGGACCAACAAACUCAACACAACUAUAUUAGAAGACUGAGCUUCACGCUGGAGGUGAAGAAAGAACUCUUGCACCUUCGCCAGGGGCAGGGCACUUUGUGGAGCUGGUCCUACUGGCUCUGGUCCUUCUGAAAUCCCCUUCUCAUUCUGCUGAACAGCAGAGUUAAAAUAUAGAUCAGACUCAUUGGAGACACAGAAUCGAAUAGUGAUUUGCUUCAGUGUAUUGUACUAAGAAAUGUUGAGAAGUAG